UGUUUUAUUUUUCAAUCAUUUGUUGUUAGAGUUUUGCUUCCACUUUGAAAUUAGAGUAUUUUGUCUAGAUUGUUGACCAAAAAUUACAAUUAAAUACAUUUUAAUCACACUUGAACAAGAAAAUGUGGAAAAAGUUGAGGGGUGUGAAUACAUUCUGUACACACUGUAUCGCUGCUUUAAAAAGUGUGAUGCGUCUUGCUGUACUCAGAAGCCAACUCCAAUCUCUCUGUGGUUUGUGGGUGGAAGAAGCACAUCAUGCAUCUUUUUUGAGCUAGCUCAUGUGUAUGACAGUUUAACUUUUGAUCGGUCUGGCAAGCUAUGGCAUGAUGGUAAACUGGCUGAUUUUUAAGAGAAAUUCCACAGAAAAACUGUUAUUCUCAAGAUGUCCCCUCCAACUGGUUAUUCUCCUAUUGACCUUGAGCACCACAACACAUUCAGGCAGGCCUGAAGUCCCAGGAGAAGGUAUAUGGGCUAUAUUAAACAAACCCAUACAGUUUUCUGGAUCUAGUAUACCUUUGAAACUAAUCAAAACAGUGGAAUGGCGUCACAAAAGUGGAAACUCCCAGACAUUCUGUCUUCUCCAUAAAAUGGAUGGGAACAUCACCAACAUAUUCCCUGCAUGCAAUGGCACUGCACACUUCCUUUCCCACAAUAAAACCUUUGUUCUAUACUCAGUGAGGGCAGAGGAUGAAGGUGUCUAUGAAGAAAGAGUGAUUUAUAAGAAUAACACUAUGGUCUCAUUAAAUAUAUCACUGUCAAUCAUUUGUAAGUACAGCAUAUUACCCUAACCCAUUUGUAUCUGUCUGUCUUUCUACACAGUAAUGCCAACUGUGCUUCAGAUUCAGUGGAAAUCCAUACAUAGAUAUAUGGAAAUCACUAAUAGAUAAAUCCAAGAUUGUAUUCAUGGGGAGCACAUGUCCAUAUAAUGGAAGUCACAAAAGUUUGCCAGAGUAAAAAAAAAGUCAGACACAUGACCUAUUGGAUUCAAAUUCAGAUUCACAACUGAUGAAUGUUUUGGUCUCUUUAGCUCCUCCCUCCACCCUGCACAUCAGCGUAAACUUAUCCCACGCGCUGCUAACAAUGACCUGUGAGGUCAAGGGAUCAUACCUCUCCUAUUGGUGGCUGAAGGAUAACCAGCCCUUCCUCAUGGAUUCCAGAUUGUUAUUGGGUGAGAGAAACCAAACCUUACAGGUGAACAACCUGACCAAGGCUGACUGUGGGAAAUACACCUGCUUGGUGGCCAACAAGGCAGGCCUGUCACAGGGCCACUUCCAACUCACAGAUAACCAAUCCUCUGUGUGUAAGGAUGGAAUUUUCCGAGCCACACUGCCGAUAGGCCAGAGAGAAGUUCUAAUCAUGGUAAUAUUGGGCAUCUGCAUAUUCGGCCUGCUCAUCAUCAUUGCCUGCAUCAGGAGAUAUCACCAGGAAAUACGGAAGCAUCUGGCAGGACUUUGCAACAAGGAGCAGCAUCCUGUCAGAAACAGGAGAGGAAGGAGAGACAGAGACACCCAUGUGUCCGAAAAUCAUGUGUAUGAUGAGAUAGGAGAUGAAGAGGAGCAGCUUGAACAAGAGGUGGUGAUCCCAUUGCCAUGCGUCUACACAGACUUCCUUCCAAACAGAAAACAAGCAGAGCCCCUAAAGGACUUUGGGUACUCCACCAUUGGGCCAGCUAGCCUAAGCGGAGUCGCAGUGAUCGAGGCAAGCGAACAAGGUCUUGAAUGUAGGUUCCAAGUGGAGACAGCGUAGCAUACUAAAAAUAUCUAAGAAAAUUGUAUUUGUCACAUGCGCCGACUACAAUAGGUGUAGACUUUACCUUGGGAUGCUUAGUUACGAGCCCUUUCCCAACAAUGCAGAGUUAAAAACGUAAGAAAAAUCUGCUAAAAAAAGUAAAUAGUAACAAAAUAAAGACUAUUUUAUUUUUAUUUCAACUUUAUUUAACCAGGUAGGCCAGUUGAGAACAAGAUCUCAUUUACAACUGCGACCUGUGACGACCCUCCCACUCUGUCUGCCGUAUUCCCUCUUUGUUCUUGUUUCCUUAUAAGGAUGCUGGUGGGCGGAGUUGGGAGGGUCGUCAGCUACAUAGGAAACACCUGGGCCCGGUGUCUCCCAGGAUAAAUACACCACUUCCCCAUGCAGAUACUUUGAUAGUUUUUGUUGCGUUUCUAGCACCUUUCAACACCCUGCAUCAUCACAUUCAUGCAUGCAAAACACUCACUUACACUACUGAUUACACACACACCAUAGUAUAUUUUCCUU